GUGUCGUUCGCCUCUCCCUCCCUCCUCAUCCCCAAACCUUAACGUGUCCCUGCAGGUAGAAGAAGGUCGCCACGUCAUCAUAUCCAUUAAUUACUACGAGGGGGAAGAAGCCUCCAUCCAUCCACCGAUCUUGUAUUUCUGAGCCUCAGAUUCUGUCUCAUCCAAAAGGGGAAAUUUUGGGACUGCAAUUAUGAGCUUUGUGUUUCGUGGAAGCAGAGGAGACAUUGAGAGCGGGUUCUCUGGAUUUAUGCCUGAGAGACGAUCAACGAGAGUGCAUGCGGGCGCUCGGCCUGUUAAUACAAAUUCGAUGGCGUUUCUUCUUACAGUCCUUUUGCUGUUUAUGAUUCUCAACUCACACCAAAUGUCACCAAACUUUCUGCUUUGGCUAGUUCUUGGAGUGUUUUUGGUUGCCACGGGCCUUCGAAUGUAUGCUACAUGUCAGCAACUACAGGCCCAAGCCCAAGCCCAUGCUGUAGCAGCUAGUGGGUUGCUUGGGCACACUGAGUUUAGGCUUCAUGUGCCUCCAUCAAUUUCCUUUGCAACGAGAGGACGGUUGCAGAGCCUGAGGCUUCAGCUCGCCCUUCUCGAUAGAGAGUUUGACGAUUUAGAUUAUGACGCUUUAAGAGCACUUGAUGCUGACAAUAGUCAUGGUGUUCCCUCUAUGAGUGAGGAGGAGAUUAAUGCUCUUCCAGUACACAAAUACAAAGCUCAAUCACAUGGACAGCAAAGUAGUGGGUCACAGCUCCAGCAAGCAUCCUCGUCCUCAUCUACAACCGAUCAGAAAAAGCAAGACCUCACAAAACCAGCUGGAAAUAUGAGUCAAGAUGAUGAACUGACCUGUAGUGUUUGUCUGGAGCAAGUCACUGCUGGAGAACUACUAAGGAGUUUGCCUUGUCUUCAUCAGUUCCACGCAAGUUGCAUAGAUCCGUGGUUGCGCCAGCAAGGCACGUGCCCUGUGUGCAAGAACAGAGCAAGCUCGGGAUGGCAUGAUAAUGGCGAUGGGGAAACUGACGCAUCUUUCAUGGUGUAAUUGUUUCUAUUAGCUAAAACAUUAUUGAGGAUGGAUGUUAACCCCAUUAUAUAUAUAGAUGGUUCAUACACAGCAUAUAAGUAAUUUGUUAGCUUGUUGUAUACAUCACAGUCAAAUCUGUUGCUUUUGCACCUUGUUGUACUCUUUCAUCCAAAUAUAUAUCAAAUAUUUGGAGGGGCUAUGUACUUGGUAAUUGCCUUCGAUGGUCUUAUUGUCCAAUUAUACGCUAUACCAUAGAGUGACACCUUUUUUUU